AUGGAGAAUAUUUCUUAUUGGGUUCUUCACACCCUGCCAUGGCUUCUCGCCUUAGCAUUUCUCUUCAAAAUAAACACUUUUUAUCAACGGCGAAAAGCUAAAACUCCACCAGGUCCACGGCCAUGGCCAAUUAUUGGCAAUCUGAAUCUCCUUGGCUCCCUCCCACACCAUUCCUUACACUUACUGUCCCAAAAAUAUGGAGAAUUGAUGCUCCUAAAAUUUGGGUCCAAACCGGUUUUAGUUGCCUCGUCUCCUGAAACGGCUAAACUUUUCUUGAAAACCCACGACGCCGUGUUCGCCUCCCGGCCGCCCACGGCGGCCGGAGAGCACACUUUUAACCGGGCCGACCUCACUUGGUCGCCUUAUGGAUCGCCCUGGCGCCACGGCCGCAAGAUUCUCCUUUCCGAGGUUUUCACCCCGAAUAAGCUUGAUUCCUUUGAGUAUGUUCGUGUUGAGGAAAGGAUGGUUCUAAUGUCUGGCCUUUACGAUGAUGCUGCCGGGGCUAAGAAGCCGGUGUUGCUAAGAGACCAUUUGUUGAGGUUCACCCUGUCUACCAUGACUAGGUUAGUUUCAGGUCACAAGUACUACAGAAAAGAGAAUGCGGGUUACAGAAUUACGUUAGAGGGAUUGCAAGGGAUUCUUGAUGAAUGGUUUGUGCUUAGUGGUGUGGUGAAUCUUGGUGAUUGGGUUCCUUGGUUGAGCGGCUUUGAUUUGCAAGGAUAUGUGAAGAAGAUGAAGGCUUUAAGGGAGGAGUACGAGGAGUUCCUAAACCAUGUGAUUGAGGACCAUAGAGCUGUGAUGAAAGGUGAUGAUGAGAAGAAUUUCGUCCCCAAGGACAUGGUGGAUAUCUUUUUGCAGAUAGCUGAUGAUCCAAAUGUUGAACUCAAUCGCGAUCGCAUAAUGGGGUUAAUCCAUAAUAUGCUGGCGGGUGGCACAGAUACAGCAGCAGCAUCAGUGGAAUGGGCAUUUCAAGAAUUGCUUAGAAAGCCAUGGAUUAUUGCAAAGGCAACCGAGGAGUUGGAUAGAGUGAUUGGGAGGGAGAGAUGGGUAGAAGAGAGAGACUUUUCGCAACUACCAUAUAUGGAAGCAAUCAUCAAAGAAACAUUUAGGUUGCAUCCACUUUGCACAUUGCUCCCACCCCAUUAUUCCAUGGAAGAUUGCAAUGUGGCUGGGUACGAGGUACCAAGUGGAACAACUGUUCUAGUUAACGUAUGGUCUAUAGGCAGGAAUCCUAAGUACUGGGACAAGGCUGAUGAGUUUUUUCCCGAAAGAUUUUUAGAGAAAGACGUUGAUAUAAAUGGACAAGAUUUUGCACUUUUACCAUUUGGAUCGAGUAGGAGAAGAUGUCCCGGGUAUAGUCUUGGAAUGAAGGUUGUUCGAACAACAUUAGCCAAUCUAUUACAUGGAUUUAAUUGGAAAUUAGCGGAAGACAUGAGGCCAGGGGAUAUAUCCAUGGAAGAGGUUUAUGGCUUGACCACUCAUCCAAAAUUUCCUUUGUCUUUCAACAUUGAGCCUAGACUUCCCACCCAUCUUUACUAGGAUGUUUUGAUUUCUUACUCUUUUAUGAAGACUAUCAAAUUACGUUUUAAUGGAAAUUCUAUCCUAUUUUAAUAAAAAAAAAAUAAAAGCACUUCAAUAAGUGCAAA